AAAUCCGUGUAUGCACUCUCUUCAAGUUACCCUCAUGAAAAACCUUGCGAUGUAAAAUUCAAUUUAUCUCAUUCAUAACACUCAAAGUCGGCCUAUGCGAUAGAAAAUACUGAGCGCGCAAUAUUUCACCCCUUCAAAGGUCUCAGAUGACAGGUUUUGUUCUCUUAAUUGAUUCGUUGAUUGACGUAGGACUUUGAUGAGCUCAGAUACUAGGAAUUCCAUCCUUAGGGGAUUGAGAAGACAACAGAGAGUGGAAAGACCUAACCACGCGCCGACGCUCCAUCUUUUCUACAGACGCUUCAAUCGGCACUUUGAAAAGGGCGCGAAUCUUGGUUUUCCAGAGAGCACCGUCGUCUGCCCUCCAUCAAAAAUUGCGUAUAUGAGCUUCUCUUGAUGGACUCCUCUGGUUUCCUGUCUCCCAAAGCAAACGCCUUUUCUAUAGCUCAUCUUAUCGACGCGUCACAGCUUUCCGAACUGUUUAACGUCAGUAAAGAGGGUCCCCUUUUCGGCUGGGACUCUCAGAGUUUUACUCGGGACAUGGAAGAACAUCUUCGUAAUGCUGGUACAGGCAAGAAGAUUUCAACCAGUUCGUCCUCGCAGAGAACGGAGUCGAAAGACGAUGGGKGUCUUUCUCAAACACCAUCGACCCCUCCGGCAACGAGUGUUCCUACAACAACAAGCCUUGCGCAUCUUCGCGUCGAGCUAGAAAUGAAAAGCCUUUGGGAUGAAUUUUACGCUCUUGGCACAGAGAUGAUUGUCACUAAAGCGGGCAGGAGAAUGUUUCCACCUUUCCAAGUUCGUUUGUACGGUUUGGACCCCAAUGUUAAAUACAUCCUMAUGAUGGACUUUGURCCAGUGGAYGAUAAACGAUAUCGUUACGCCUUCCAUAGUUCCAAGUGGUUAGUGGCGGGAAAAGCUGAUCCUAGUGUUCCCGGACGCGUGCACAUUCACCCUGAUUCACCGUGUACUGGCGCACAGUGGAUGAAACAAGUCGUGUCAUUUGACAAAUUAAAGUUGACUAAUAACCUUAUGGAUGAUAAUGGACAUAUCAUCAUGAAUUCGAUGCACAAGUACCAGCCUCGUUUUCACGUAGUCCUCGUUUCCCCCGACGCAAAACAAAGCGCAAGUCUUUAUGAUGUGAAAAGCGACCAUAUUCGUACAUUCGUCUUCAGUGAAUGCCAAUUCAUGGCGGUUACAGCCUAUCAAAAUCACAUGAUAACUCAGUUGAAAAUUGCCAGUAACCCUUUUGCGAAAGGAUUUCGUGAUUGUGAUCCAGAUGACUGCGUUGUAGAAGUGAUGAAACAAAUGGAUUCAUCAGGGAUCCCAGCAUCCACCGGUAGCCGACAAMGAUUAUCCACUGACAUGUACCCUUCACCAACAAGAACAGAACCUUCUUCAGAAGAACGCAUAGCCGGACGACAGUGCAGUAUGGUCAGCAGUCUAUCUUUGGACAACAUGGAUAAGUCAUAUUCACAACCUGUUAUGACAUCACCAAUUACGGCUACUGUCCCUGGAGGUGUAGGGCUUGCAAACUACUCUAGAACAUCGCCUGUCAAUCAUCCUACAUCGCCAAUCAAUUCCACAGCAGUUUACCGGGGUUUUCCAGCGUUACGAGAUCGUCGCGAUGCCCCAUAUCCGGUACAUAUACCCCGGUACAUGCCGCCAUCUAGUGAAGGAAUACCGUACCAAACUCUACAAAUCCCCCCUAACACCGGAAGUGACUGACGUCACUCACARCUAGUUCAAUGAGAAUAAUUUGAACGAUUUUUUUUACAAAGGAAAACAUUUAGAAGAAAGUGUCGGGGUUCUGUCAGCUAUGGAACUGUAGUGUAAUAUGCAGUGUGCAGCGACGUAUGUCGGAAAAUGUAGUCACCCAAAGCCAAGCACUUWAACGAAAUACAAGAUAUUAGAAAAAUAAUUGUGCGAGAAGUAUCUUAUAGAUUUCCCGUCAUGCUCUGCUGUAGAAAAUGGUACCACUGUACAUUGCCACUUACAGCUCCAAGAUUUGAUGGUUACGUCUUGUAGCUAAGCUUCCAAUGUGUUUUAGUAUUUUUUUUUCAUACUGAUUUGACCCAAUCGUAUAUAUUGAGAACUUUCUUUUGAAUUCCUUGUUUGACGGAAUACAGAACGAAAAACGAUAGCCAGUUAAUCUCUCUCAACAACUGGAUAUCAUUGUUACAUACAUGUAUCAUUGAAAACCAUUCACAUAUGUUUAUCGUACAUAGCAAUGUCUUCACUAAUAACACUAAUAAGCUACAAACAAUUAAUUUUUUUCGCAAUAUCCUUCAGAAUCUUCCACUGGCGCACUUCUUUAAAUAACACCGCCUCGCCUCGACCCUAUGCAAGGGCUUGGCUACUAAAUUUCCGUGCAUGUCAAAAAAUAUUGAGCUGACAAAGUUACAUUCAUGUGAAUAAAAGUGAUAAAAAAUUAUUAUUAUUUUAUUAAUUUUUUAAUGACAUCGUAAUUAAAAAUAUUCAGCCUUCCGAGUUACAGACCCUUAGUGUUUACUCAAUUCCAGAUAAUUUUGAAAAAUAUUGAGAUUUACAGUUCGGACGACUGAAAUACGCAUUUCUUUCUGGAAACUGUUAGCCUAAGCACUGGAUUUCUAGUUUGAAAUGAUGUUAUUUAGUUUUACUACUUAUAUUGAACUUUUCGUUUUUCUCUGCCAAGUCCAGUGCUUGGGCUACCUGUGCUCUGGACUAUGUAUUUUGAAACGUCCGCACCAAAUACAAGAAGGAACACUAGGAGACGGUGUUUUGGAAAAAAAAAAUUCUGAGUUCAUAUAUAGUUCAUAUCCGCCAAAUGCAGUCGUACAACUUGUGAAGGGUAAUUUCCUACGAUGAUAAAAAGUGUAAAUACUCCUUAGUUUUUAGCCAAUAAAAGGCGAUGAUUUCAAAUUUUCACUAGACUAAAAUGAGAGAGUACCUUGACAAUUUAUUAAGGUAAUGCACGCCUAUUUAGAAGAACAAAUUAAGAAAUAAACUCGUUUUGUAAAAACUAAGAAUCCAAUGUUGUUUGUUGUAAUAAACGACUUUUCUAGAGAA